UUGAAUGAAUGGUCAGAAAAAAAAAAAGGGGACAAGCAAAAGUUUGACUCAACAGUAGCUAGAUUUCCAUUCUCUCAUAUUUUGCAUUUUCUUAGAUCCAAUAAUCCAUGGCUUCUUCGUCCACCAAUCGUCAAUGGCUGUACGACGUGUUCAUCAACUUCAGGGGAAAAGACACCCGUGGCAACUUCGUUUCUCAUCUCCAUGCCGCCCUUUCAAACGCCGGAGUCAACGCUUUCCUCGACGAUGACAAGCUUCGAAGGGGAAACCAGCUUGGACCAGAACUGUUGCGAGCCAUAGAAGGUUCUCAGAUAUCUAUCGUGGUUCUGUCACAAAACUACGUUUACUCUAACUGGUGUCUUGAUGAACUGGUCAAAAUCAUGGAUUGCCGCACAAUUAUGGGGCAGGUUGUUCUGCCUGUGUUCUACAACGUCCAACCUUCGUUUCUUCGUGGUUAUGCCGAGGAAACUUUUGAUCUUGUCAUGUCAAAGUCUGUUGAUCAUAAAUGGAAAACAGCACUGAUUGAUACGGCAAGUAUAGCUGGUUGGGAUGUCAGAAAUUGGCGAAACGAAAACGCUGUGGUGAAGGAUAUUGUUGAUAAAGUUUUGAGAACUCUAGACAAAACAUACUUGUCCAUUACAGACUACCCAGUUGGAUUAGAACCCCGUGUGCAGCAUGUGAUUCGAAAUCUGAAAAAGCAAACAAGAGGAGUUUCUAUAGUAGGGAUUUGGGGCAUGGGAGGGUGUGGUAAAAGCACCAUAGCCAAACUCAUCUAUAAUAAACUUCAUCAUGAAUUUGAAGAUGCAAGUUUCCUUGCAAAUAUUAGAGAAGUUUGGGAGAAAGAUAGGGGUCAAAUUGAUUUGCAAGAACAGCUUCUUUCAGAUAUCCUUAAAACUAGAGAGAUGAAGGUGCACAGCAUUGAGUGGGGCAAAGCUACGAUCAGGGAAAGACUUUCUGUAAAAAGAGCACUUGUUGUACUUGAUGAUGUGAAUAAGUCUGAGCAAUUAAAUGCAUUAUGCGGAAAUCGUAAAGGCAUUGGUUCAGGAAGUGUAAUAAUCAUUACAACAAGAGAUAUACGUCUACUCAAAGUCCUUGAUGUUGACUACGUCUAUGAAGUGGAGGGUUUGAAUGUAAUGGAGUCCCUUGAGCUUUUCAGUUGGCACUCAUUUAGGGAAGCAACCCCAAGAGAAGGCUUCCUGAGUCUCUCAAAAAAUGUAGUUGCUUACUGUGGUGGACUACCACUAGCUCUUGAAGUCAUUGGAUCUUAUUUGUACAUGAGGAGUACAAAAGAGUGGCAAUGUGUAUUAUCAAAACUAACAAGAAUACCGGAUGAUCAAAUACAGGAGAAACUGAAAAUAAGCUUUGACGGUUUAAGGGAUCAUAUGGAGAAGGAUAUAUUUCUUGACAUAUGCUGCUUCUUUAUCCACGAGGACAUAGCUUAUGUUACCGACAUACUAAAUGGUUGCGGUCUACAUGCUGAUAUUGGAAUUAAAGUUCUAGUAGAAAGGAGCCUCAUAAAAAUUGAAAGGAAUAACAAGCUUGGAAUGCAUGAUCUGCUUCGAGAUAUGGGAAGAGAGAUUGUUCGUGACAGCUCAGAAAAGAAAUUGGAGAAGCCUAGUCGACUGUGGUUUCAUGAGGAUGUGCUAGAUGUAUUAACAAAAAAUACGGGGACAGAAGCUAUUGAGGGAUUGUCCUUGAAGUUGCCUGGAAUCAGUAGAUAUUGCUUCAAUGUUGAUGUUUUUAAGGAAAUGGAGAGAUUAAGACUGUUGCAGGUUGAUAAUGUAAACCUCAUAGGAGAUUAUGGAGAUCUUUCUAAGCAGCUGAGAUGGAUCUCAUGGAAAGGAUUUUCUUUGAAAUACAUGCCUGACAAAUUUUAUCUGGAAAAUGUAGUUGCAAUUGACAUUAAACACAGUAAUCUUCAACAAGUAUGGAAGGUACCUCAGUUGCUUGAGAAGCUAAAAAUCCUCAAUCUUAGUCAUUCCAGGAACUUGAUAAAAACCCCUGACUUUUCAAAUCUACCAAAUCUUGAAAAGCUCAUUCUCGAAGAUUGUUCAAGUUUGUGCAACAUACACCAGUCCAUUGGUGAUCUCUGCAAUCUUAUUUUAUUGAACUUGAAGGAUUGUACCAAUCUUAGCAAUCUCCCAAGAGUGACAUACAAGUUGAAAUCUUUGAAAACUCUCAUCAUUUCGGGUUGUUCAAAAAUUGACAAAUUAGAAGAAGAUAUAGUGCAAAUGGAAUCCUUGACAACUCUAAUUGCAGAAAAUACUGCUGUGAAACAAGUGCCCUUUUCAAUUGUAAGAUCAAAAAGCAUUGGAUAUAUAUCCCUGUGUGGCUAUGAAGGAUUAGCACAUGAUGUUUUUCCUUCGCUCAUUUGGUCUUGGAUGUCUCCAACAAUGAAGCCCUUGUCCAGUACUCACCACCUAUUUGGAGCCAUGUCUCUAGUUUCCACUAAUUUUCAGAAUAAUUGUUUGGAAGAUUUGUCAGCAAUGCUUAGCGGCCUUUCAAGUCUUCGAAGUGUCCAGGUGCAAUGCAACACAGAGUUUCAACUAUCUAAAGCAUUACGUACUAUUUUGGAUGACAUGUAUGGUGUAAAUCAUACUGAAUUCGAAAUAAUACCAUAUGUAUCGCCAAUCUCAAAUGAUUCUGUGAGGUCUUAUUUGAUUGGAAUGGGAAGUUACCUAGAAGUCUUCAAUACUCUCAGGAAGAGCAUAUCAGAGGUACUGACAACUAAUGAGCCAGGUAAUAUUCCUCUGACGGGUGACAACAAUCCUCAUUGGUUGACCUAUGCAGGUGAAGAAGGACAUUCAGUGCUUUUCACUGUGCCUCAAGUUAGAAAUUGUCACAUAAAGGGAAUGACUUUGUGUGUCAUUUAUUCAUCAAAUCCUGGAAACACAGCAGCUGAAUGUCUUAUUGGUGUCUUGAUGGUUAAUUACACAAAGUGUGUUGCUCACAUGUACAAGCGAGACACAACAAUCUCCUUUAAUGAUGAUGAUUGGCAAGGUAUAGUGUCACAUCUUGAAUCGGGUGACAAAGUAGAGAUUUUUGUCAUUUUUGGGAAUGGAUUGGUAGUCAAGAAGACAGCUGCUUAUCUGAUAUAUGAUGAAUCAAUUGACAUGGAAAUGAAUCAUGAAUCAACUAACACCGAGCCUUCUCUGCAGCCAAGAAAAGAGGCAACGAAAAAUGUGUUUUUAAGAUUCAUAAAGAAACUUGUAGGGUGUAUGUAACUGUCAUUGAUAAAUUAUAGCAGAAAUUUAAGUUAUCACUGGCUUGGUAUGUCCACUGUGCUGCCAAUUGUAUCACGAGACCACUUUCUCCAGUUCAGGUUUGGGUGGAAUAAGCAUCAACAGAAAUUUUUUUGUUGCCAUACUUUUUAAUGCUAAACCAAUUAAAUCUUGCUCUUA